CCCUUGACGCUUGCCGUAGUCAAAGUAAAGCGUCAUGGCGCCCGUGUCUACAAACUUUUGACGCGACAAACUUUUUUUUUUAGAAACUGUUAUGUCAACUACAACAGAGUCUCGGACAUUUCAAUCCCGGUAUCGCAAAACAAACUGAAAGAGCACAAACGAGGAGAGUUGUGAUGUAAAGCGUUUUCCGCGACGCUGACCGGGGGGGGCAAAGAUGAAUCGCGUGUGGCUAAGCUAGCCACUUUCAACAAGUUAGCUAGCUGAACUUUUGGUUUGGUGUAGCGACAUGUUUUUUAUUUUAAUGGACCGUCAACCGGCUGUGGACUAUUAAAAGUGCCUAUUUCUGGCGUCGGUCUAGAAUCAAAAUGUGUCGUUUCCUACGCUACUGUGUCAGCCACUGCCUCCGUGCGGCCAUGACCCGGCUGGAGGAGGUCAACGGAGAGGUGAGCAUGUGGACGUCUGUCCGGUGUCUGGGCUACCUGUCCGGUCUCAACCUGCUCGUGGCCCUCUGCUUGGGGCUCUACACGCGCUGGGAGAAGACCGCGGAGUCCACUCUUCUUGUCAUCUUCGUUUUGGCUCUCACUGUCGUCGCGAUAGCAAGUGCGGUGUACUUCUUCCGGAUGGAGAGGUGCAGCCUCAGCCUCCUCCACCUGCUGUUCGGCUUCUUGCUGGGGCUGCAGUGUUUCCUCGGCGGCCCCGCUGUCGAGGGCGACUUGAAGGAGCAGGUGACCAACUACCUGCUUCUGGCCAGUGUGGCUCUGAGGACGCUGUGGGCGCUGCUGGACCGGCUGCUUGGAUGCACCAGGUACCGUCCUGCGUUCCUCACCUCGGCGGAGCGGCUGGAGCUGGUGGGGUUCGCAGCCGCCAGCACCGCCCUGCUCAUCCAGAAGUCCUUCAGUGUGAUGGUGCUGGUGGUGGCGCUGGGCAUGCUCAUGAUUGCCCUCCGGAUGAAGGCUCUCCUGGCUCUUCCCAACUUGGUCUGCUUCGCUGUCGUCACCGGCGUGUUGUUUUUUAAGUCUCUGAACGUCACCACCAACCCUUUCGCCCUCGCCUGCUUCUUCGGCCAGCUCAUCUGUGACCCCCUGCUGGAUGUCUACUUCAGCGGUCUCUCCGUGACCGAGCGCUGGCGGCCCUUCCUGGUGCGGAGGCGCCUCUGGCACCGGCUGUCGCUCCUUCCUCUGUCGGUGCUGGAGGUCACCUUCGUCUCUCUGGCCGCGCGGAAGCUGACAGACGUGGACCAGUGGUACCUGAUGAUCCCAGUGUUUGUCGUCUGCGCGCUCUUCUGGUUCAUCUGCCACAUGGUGUUCGCGAUCACAGUCUGGGGCUUUCACAGCAAACUCGGCGACUGCCAGAGGCUCUGCUUGUUCCAGGGGGCAGAGGUCAACAGUCUGGACAAAGUGAUGGCGUCAAAGGGCAUGAGGCAUUUCUGCCUCAUCUCUGAACGCCUGGUGCUCCUCACUCUGGUGUCCACUGUUGCUGUGGCUGUUCUCUGUUGGCAGGCCUCCAGCAGUAUCUUUGUCAGCCUGUUUCUACUCGUCCUGCCUCUGGAGUCUCUUUUUCACGGGCUUUUCCAUGAGCUCGGGAGCAGCCUGGGAGGAACCUGUGUGGGCUAUGCAGUGGUCAUCCCUACCAACUACUGCAGUCCUGAUGGUCAGCCCAUGCUGCUGCCUCCUGACCAGGUUCAUGAUCUGAACAAACGCUCUACAGGCAUGUUGAACAAUGUGCAGCGCUUCUUCGCCCAUCACUUCAUUGAGACUUUCGGCUGCGACUACUCCACCAGCGGGGUGACCUUGGAGGCUCUGCAGGCCAAAAUCAAGUCCUUCUUGGAGCUCCGUACACCUGACGGGCCUCGCCACGACACCUACGUCAUCUUCUACAGCGGUCACAGCCACCGCUCUGGAGAGUGGGCGCUGUCAGGAGGAGACACUCUGCAUCUCGAUCAGAUCUUGGAGUGGUGGAGGGAGAAGAACGGCAGCGCCUGUUCACGCCUCAUCUUUGUGCUCGACUGCGACAACUCAUCUCCGUGGGUGACGGCGGUCAAAAGGGUGGAGGGUCUGUACGUGGCCGUUCAGGGGGCGACGCUUGCUCGCGUGACGGACGUGGAGCUGCAGGACCCCCCUCAGCUCGGAGACUUCACCGCGCAGUGGGUGGAAUACAACUGCAACUCAAACAGCGCCAUCCAGUGGUCAGAGAGGGGAAGGGCGGUUUCUGCCACCUAUGGCAUCUCCAAACACUGGAGCGACUACACGCUGCACCUGCCGACAGGAAGUGAUGUCACAAACCACUGGAGCUUGUACUUCCCUCGGAUGACCUACCCGGUGGUGCAGUUGGCGCUGUGGUGCGGCGGUCUGAACCUGCUGUGGCUCUGCUGUGUCUGCCUGAGAUGUCUGAAGAGAGUCAAACUCAACUGCUUUCCACCUGCGAUCUUGGACAUCGGGCAGGGCUUCAAACUGGUCAGAUCGUAGAAAUAUGAUCAAUGGCUUUUUAUAUUCAGGAUUUUUUUUAUAUAUAUAUGAAAAUGUUCUUACAGUAAACGAGUUCCUUUGACCCUGGAUUUAGGCAGCUAUUGCAUUGUUAACUUUGUUGCUAACCAGCAGUUUGUUUGUUACUAAAGAUCUAAUCACUUAGUUACUGAUUGAUGCAUUUUAAAUUAGCCUUUUUUUUAUAUUUUUAGUUUUUAUAUUCUCUGAAAAUCAUUCUAUAUUUGUGUUUUUUAGCUUUGAUUUCAAGACCCAUCAAAUGUUAAUCAAUGUGUGCGGUAUGAAAACAAGCACAUUGACUCUGUUUUGCACAGUUGUAUUCUAUAUACUGUCCAACCUGAUUCCAGUGUGAUUUGAAAACGUGUGUUGUGCCUUUGAUGAUAAAAUAUCUCCUUAACCGUAAACCAAAGAGGGCUAGGUACAUUUUGACGGGAGGAUCUCAGGCGUAAAUAAUAUAUAUUUGAAGCAGUCUGUUUCUAUAUUUAAAGUGUUAUAUUUUGAUGUGACAUGACCCCUCUGUACUGCACUAUGCAUUCUACACUCCAAGCCUUGAGCUUACUAAAUGCACUGCUUUGCAUCUGUUGUGCCAGCCUAUUGCGAAAAGCUUAUUUAGAAAUACUCUGCAGCUGCUUCAGGGAGCCCUAUACUGACGAUUGCACUACAAGCAGACGUGUGAGAACUACAGUAUUUAUGUCACAGUAAACCCUGGAAAUCAAAUGCAGCACGAGAGGGUUUUCUUUUUCUUCCUGGGUUGGUUUAGGAGUUUACUCUGAUAUUUAAGUAUUUAACCAGUGUGAUGUGUUUGCAGAGCUUUAUGGCGAGAGAAUCUGAUGAAAGAUGUUCAAAACUAUGCAAUAAAGGGGGAAUAGGACUUUGCUGCUUUAACUAUGAAUUUCAUUAGCUCCUCAUUGGUUUUAUUUGAUGGAAAUGUAAACACUUUUUUUUACUAUCUAUAAAAUGAUUAAGGGUUUGUUUGCUUGUUAAACUAACUUGAUAAUAUGCUGAACAAAGAACUUCAUUAUAGGGAGACUCCGCAUCAGGAUCCAUUGGGUUAAGGUCACUGUAACCUAUACUGAUGGAACUGGGCAGCCGCUCUAACACCUGAGCCAGAAGCUGUCCAAUGAUGGCAACAGGCCAGAUGAAAACAUGAGGAAAUGGUUGUUCGAUUGUAAAGACAGGCGGCUCUAAAAUAAACGAGUUGGCUUUAAGCAUGCUUUUGCUCCGAUUCUGGCUUGAGAUAAGAAAAGCUCGACUAUCUGCUGCUUUACAACAGUGUCUCUGGGGUUUCAUGACAAUCUCUUGUGCUUGUUGAACUUGUGAUACCUGUGACGUGAGGAUCCUCUUUCUGCAGGGUGACAGAAAAUGAAAUCACUGUGCAGGGAUACAGCUGCUGUCAGUGAGCUCUUUGCAGGCCAUCAGUAUCGUCAUCCCCAUCACAAAGCAAAAUAAAUACAUUUUCUUAAGGGUAUAUACUUGAGAAAUAACAUCAGACAGUAAUUUCAUGUUUUCUGGUCGAUUUUAUUGAAAACAUUAUAAAAUUAUGUGAUGCAGCAGCAUGUUUCAGUUUGCAUGAUCUUGAACAUAUUUACAUUUACACAAACGAUGUUGAAAAUGGCUUUUACAGCAAGUUUGCGAAUGAUCAGUCAAGGACAAUCACUGCCCCCAUGUGGCUGCAGGUGAAACUACACUGAACCCUCAAACACGCCAAAGGAAAAAGGUCUUUUAAGUGGAGGGGGACCAGUUCCUAACAUCUCAUUCAUUAGCCAGGUUUCUGGAUUCUUUUGUGAUUCCAGAGCUGAUGUGCAAAGUCAUGACUCGGGUUGGGUUUCAGUCUUCUGUUAUUUCCAACGAAAGCAUCUCAACAAAUGCAAGGCAUAGACUGGUACCCAGUUAAUCCUCAGCACAUGUGUGAAAUGUGUGUAGGGGAGGGAAUAAACAAAAUGCCUCAACUCCUACCAGGUUCACAAACUAGUACACACUUCUGAACUAAACAUGGAUUUUAGGUUAACUUUCACAGCUGUGACUGUAUGCAGAAAAGACAACAUCUGAAGGCUGCUUGAACAUAUGAAUUAGCCUUUGCAUAAAUGAUAAACAACACUUUAGCGUUUGUUUUUUCCACCAAAUAAGCUGAUGUAUGAUGACUCAUUUGGACAGCAGAUUGUGCUGGAUUUACAUUCAGGAGAGAUUCACAACAUGGUCAUUAAAGUAUGAACAGCCUAGUUUAAAACCGGACAUUUUGCAGCACGAUGCACAGAUUGUGUCUCGUCACGCAAUGACACGCAAUGAGUAACACACAAAAUGCACAACUGAUUCUCUGAUACAAAGACUGAAUGGUUUUGAGUGAAUGUUUCAGCAGACUGACACACAAAUCAAGGGUUUAACUCUGCAUGUUUUUUGUUCAAGCUUAUAUUCGUAUCAUAAUGAAAGUUCAUAACAUUUAACUAUUACUUACAUUAUCAAUAAUAUACUGAUAGUUUACAGACUCAUUGAUCAACCUUUAUUCUAAAAAAAGAAAAAAGUGAAAAAUGGGGUCAGAGUUACAAUUUCUUUAAUUUGGUCGAAUCCAAAUUUGGUGUUUUAAAGCCACAAUUCAAAAGUGAAAGACAUUUAGUCAUCAUACAAGAUAAGGAGAGUCAGCACAUUCUAAAAAGUGUAUAAGGACAAUAUUUGGGGGGCGAGGCAGGG